UAUGCAACGAGGUGUUCAUGGACGAUUAAUGGAUUACUCCACUAGCGUACGAGAAGCAGCUGUAGAGCUGCUUGGCCGAUUUGUGCUCUGUCGUCCUCAGCUUGCUGAGCAGUAUUAUGACAUGCUGAUUGAAAGAAUAUUGGAUACUGGUAUCAGUGUCAGAAAAAGAGUGAUAAAGAUACUUAGGGAUAUCUGCAUUGAACAACCAACAUUUCCCAAAAUUACAGAGAUGUGUGUGAAAAUGAUUCGGAGAGUCAAUGAUGAAGAAGGCAUUAAGAAAUUAGUAAAUGAGACUUUCCAGAAGCUCUGGUUCACUCCAACUCCCCAUCAUGACAAAGAAGCAAUGACCAGGAAAAUACUAAACAUCACUGAUGUGGUUGCAGCUUGUAGAGAUACAGGGUAUGAUUGGUUUGAACAGCUUCUUCAAAAUCUGUUGAAGUCAGAAGAGGAUGCUUCAUAUAAACCUGUGAAGAAAGCCUGUACUCAACUUGUUGACAACUUGGUUGAGCAUAUCCUUAAAUAUGAAGAAUCUUUAUCAG